AUGUCCAAACCCGAAGAUCAUCCUCCCGCCUACGGCGCCGGCGCUGGCCCUCAAGCCCCUCAACAAGCCUACGGUGGUUACCAGUCCACACCUCCUCCCGGCCACGACCCCAACCAGGGCUACUACCCUCCUCCCAACGGACCCGACAUGGGCGGCCAGCCAUACUAUGGCUCUCCCGGUCCCCAGGGCAGCCCCUAUCCCCCACCCGGCGGUCCUGGUGGCUACGGUCCCCCGCCCCCCGGCAUGUACAACAGCCCCCCGCCCGGCCAGAUGUACGGACCUCCUCAGGGCGGUCCCUACCCCACCGCAGGGCGGCUACUACCAGGACAACCGUAA